GCCUGUCCACCUCAGCGGCUGCGGCAGCAGCAGCGCCGGCCGCCACCGCCUCUGGAACGCGGAGGAGGAGGAGCGGCUGGAAGAGUAGGAGGAGGAGGUGGAUCCUAGGGAACGGCAUGCCCAGCGUUCCGGCUUGGUAGUGAAUGCUGAGGAGAGUCGCGGUUGCUGCAGUCUGUGCCACCGGGAGGAAGUUGUGUGAGGCCGGGCGGGAGCUCGCGGCGCUUUCGAGAAUAGAAGCGCGGGGUCGGUGUGAAGACUCGGCGGCUUCCAGACGCUUUCCUACACUGACCAUGCCUGGAAGGAACAAGGCUAAGUCCACCUGCAGCUGCCCUGACCUGCAGCCCAGUGGACAAGAUUUGGGCGAGAGCGGCCGGGUUGCCCGUCUCGGAGCCGAUGAAUCUGAGGAGGAGGGACGGAGGGGACCUGUCAAUAAUGCCGGAGACCCUGAGAUCAUUAAGUCUCCCAGCGACCCCAAGCAGUACCGGUACAUCAAAUUACGAAAUGGCUUGCAGGCACUUUUGAUUUCAGACCUAAGUAAUAUGGAAGGUAAAAUGGGUGAUGCAACAGAUGAUGAAGAGGAUGAAGAGGAGGAAGAAGAAGAAGAUGAUGAUGAUGACGACGACGACGAUGAUGAUGAUGAAGAUUCUGGAGCAGAAAUAGAAGAUGAUGAAGAAGGUUUUGAUGAUGAAGAUGAGUUUGAUGAUGAUGAUGAUGAACAUGAUGAUGAUCUUGACACUGAGGAUAAUGAGUUGGAAGAAUUAGAAGAGAGGGCAGAAGCUAGAAAGAAAACCACUGAAAAACAGUCUGCAGCGGCUCUUUGUGUUGGAGUUGGGAGUUUUGCUGAUCCAGAUGACCUGCCCGGGCUGGCACACUUUUUGGAGCACAUGGUAUUCAUGGGUAGCUUGAAAUAUCCAGAUGAAAAUGGAUUUGAUGCCUUCCUGAAGAAACAUGGGGGCAGUGAUAAUGCUUCAACUGAUUGUGAACGUACAGUCUUUCAGUUUGAUGUCCAGAGGAAGUACUUCAAAGAAGCCCUGGACAGAUGGGCCCAGUUUUUCAUCCAUCCGCUAAUGAUCAGAGAUGCAAUUGACCGAGAAGUUGAAGCUGUUGAUAGUGAAUAUCAGCUUGCAAGACCCUCUGAUGCAAACAGAAAGGAAAUGUUGUUUGGAAGCCUUGCUAGACCUGGACAUCCUAUGGGGAAAUUUUUUUGGGGAAAUGCUGAAACUCUCAAACAUGAGCCCAAAAGAAAUAAUACUGAUACACAUGCUAGAUUGAGAGAAUUCUGGAUGCGUUACUAUUCUGCUCAUUACAUGACCUUAGUGGUUCAAUCCAAAGAAACUCUGGAUACUUUGGAAAAGUGGGUGACUGAAAUCUUCUCUCAGAUACCAAACAAUGGGUUACCCAAACCAAACUUUGGCCAUUUAACGGAUCCAUUUGACACACCAGCAUUUAACAAACUUUAUAGAGUUGUUCCAAUUAGAAAAAUCCAUGCGCUGACCAUCACAUGGGCACUUCCCCCUCAACAGCAGCAUUACAGGGUGAAACCACUUCAUUAUAUCUCUUGGCUGGUUGGACAUGAAGGCAAAGGCAGCAUUCUUUCUUACCUUAGAAAAAAGUGCUGGGCUCUUGCACUCUUUGGUGGAAAUGGUGAGACAGGAUUCGAGCAAAAUUCUACUUACUCAGUGUUCAGCAUUUCUAUUACAUUGACUGAUGAGGGUUAUGAACAUUUCUAUGAGGUUGCUCAUACUGUCUUCCAGUAUUUAAAAAUGCUGCAAAAGCUUGGCCCAGAGAAAAGAAUUUUUGAAGAGAUUCAGAAAAUUGAAGAUAAUGAAUUUCAUUACCAAGAACAGACAGAUCCAGUUGAGUAUGUAGAAAACAUGUGUGAAAACAUGCAGCUGUACCCACUACAGGACUUUCUCACUGGAGAUCAGCUUCUCUUUGAAUACAAGCCAGAAGUCAUUGCUGAAGCCCUUAAUCAGCUAGUUCCUCAAAAGGCAAAUCUUGUUCUACUGUCUGGUGCUAAUGAGGGAAAAUGUGACCUCAAGGAGAAAUGGUUUGGGACUCAGUAUAGUAUGGAAGAUAUUGAAAACUCUUGGGCUGAACUGUGGAAGAGUGAUUUUGAAUUGAAUCCAGAUCUUCAUCUUCCAGCUGAAAACAAGUACAUAGCCACGGAUUUCAUGUUGAAGGCUUUUGAUUGUCCAGAGACAGAAUACCCUGUUAAAAUUGUGAAUACUCCACAAGGUUGCCUGUGGUAUAAGAAAGACAACAAAUUCAAAAUCCCCAAAGCAUAUAUACGUUUCCAUCUGAUCUCACCUUUGAUACAGAAGUCUGCAGCAAAUGUGGUCCUCUUUGAUAUCUUUGUCAAUAUCCUUACCCAUAACCUUGCGGAACCAGCUUAUGAAGCAGAUGUCGCACAGCUGGAGUAUAAGCUGGUCGCUGGAGAACAUGGUUUAAUUAUUCGAGUGAAAGGAUUCAACCACAAACUACCUCUGCUGUUUCAGCUUAUUAUUGACUACUUAGCGGAGUUCAGUUCCACACCAGCUGUGUUUACAAUGAUAACUGAGCAAUUGAAGAAGACCUACUUUAACAUCCUCAUCAAGCCUGAAACUCUGGCCAAAGACGUUCGGCUCUUAAUCCUGGAGUAUUCCCGUUGGUCUAUGAUUGAUAAGUAUCGUGCUUUGAUGGAUGGCCUUUCCCUUGAGUCUCUGCUGAGCUUCGUCAGAGAAUUCAAAGCCCAGCUCUUUGUUGAGGGCCUGGUACAAGGAAAUGUCACAAGCACAGAAUCUACCGAUUUCCUGAAAUAUGUUGUUGACAAGUUGAACUUCAUGCCUCUGGAGCAGGAGAUGCCUGUGCAGUUCCAGGUGGUGGAGCUACCCAGUGGCCACCACCUGUGCAAAGUGAGAGCUCUGAACAGGGGUGAUGCCAACUCUGAAGUCACUGUAUAUUACCAGUCAGGUGCCAGGAGUCUGAAAGAAUACACUCUUAUGGAGCUGCUUGUGAUGCAUAUGGAAGAGCCUUGUUUUGACUUCCUUCGAACCAAGCAGACCCUUGGGUACCAUGUCUACCCUACCUGUAGGAACACAUCUGGGAUUCUAGGCUUCUCUGUCACCGUGGGGACUCAGGCAACCAAAUACAACUCUGAAGUUGUUGAUAAGAAGAUAGAAGAGUUUCUUUCAAGCUUUGAGGAGAAGAUCGAGAACCUCACUGAGGAUGCAUUCAACACCCAGGUCACAGCUCUGAUCAAGCUGAAGGAGUGCGAGGACACCCACCUUGGGGAGGAGGUGGACAGGAACUGGAAUGAAGUGGUGACCCGGCAGUAUCUCUUUGACCGCCUUGCCCAUGAGAUUGAAGCACUGAAGUCAUUCUCAAAAUCAGACCUAGUCAACUGGUUCAAGGCCCAUAGAGGACCAGGAAGUAAAAUGCUCAGUGUUCAUGUUGUUGGAUUUGGGAAGUACGAGCUAGAAGAGGAUGGUACCCCUUCCGGUGAGGAUUCAAACUCUUCUUGUGAUGUGAUGCAGCUAACCUACCUGCCAGCUUCUCCUCUACUGGCAGACUGUACCAUCCCCAUUGUUGAUAUCAGGGGUUUCACAUCAAGACUUAACCUUCUCCCCUACCAUAAAAUAGUCAAAUAAACUGCAGUCUCGUUGGCCUGAAGCACUGUGCAUUUAAGUGUUUGAAUUUUAUGAAGUUACACUACUACUGCCUUAGGGCUUCCAUUGACUUUUUGCACUGGCAUCAUAGAAUUUGAUUUACUACCCUUCCCGUUCCAUUGUGACUAACAGACUGAGGGUUACUAUAGCAGCUGCAGAGAGAAAUGAGCAGGGUGGGCCAAAUGUAACCAAAAAGCUUGCAGGAGCAGUCUUGAGAUGCCCUGGUCUUCUCAAAUUGAGAAUCCAGUUCCGUAUGACUGCCUUGAGAGGCCCUAUGUAACUAGUGUCUUCUUAGUACCUAAAUGCCAGGUGCUAAUACCUGUGUUGUUGUUUUUAAUGUAUUUAAAAAUAAAGAUAAUUCUGUAUUGCCCUUCAGAAUGACCCAUUUACUGCU